UACGCAGAAGUAAUUCCAGUAAGGUCCAACACAGAUGGCAUGAAACAUUUUCAUGGUAUUGCUCUACUUACAAACUAAAGACUUGCAUUUUCUCAAAUGCUUACUUUUUCAUGCAUUCAGAAGCUAUUCUCUCCUGAGAAAGAAAUCUUGAACUGGAUUCAUAUCAAGAUGCUUUGAAAAAUAGCAACACCAAAUAGCAGUCAGUCUUUGGAACCACUUGAACAUCAUGACCAGAGACAAAGAAUCUACUAUGAGAAGUUUUGCUUAUACUGUGAUCGUAACAGUUGGGAUCGUAAUCCAGUCCUCUGAUGAAAAUGAAUUUACAGUAGAUUUGUCCAAAAGAGGCCUCACUCAUAUUCCAAGAGAUUUGCCAUCCCAAACCGAAGUCUUAGAUAUGUCUCAAAACAACGUAUCUGAACUUCACCUUUCUGAUAUGAGCCUUAUCUCAAGACUCAAAGUUUUAAGACUUUCCCAUAACAGGAUCCAGUGCCUUGAUUUUAGUGUUUUCAGAUUCAACCAGGAUUUGGAAUAUUUGGAUUUAUCCCACAAUCAGUUGAAAAAAUUGUCCUGCCAUGCCAUCCAGAGUCUCCAGCAUUUAGACCUCUCCUUCAAUGACUUUGAUAGUUUGCCCAUUUGUAAGGAAUUUGGCAACUUGACACAACUGAAUUUCUUGGGAUUAAGUACCUCAAAGUUGCAACAGUUAGACCUGCUACCAGUUUCUCACUUGCAUGUAGACAGCAUCCUUCUGGAUUUACAAGGCUAUUCUAUGAAAGGAAACGAGACUGGGAGUCUUCAAAUUUUCAAUACAAAAAAACUUCACUUUGUUUUUCAUCCAAAUGAUUUGUUCUCUGUGCUAGUGAACAUAUCUGUUAACAUGAUAGAGUGCUUACAGCUGACUAAUAUCAAACUGAAUGAUGACAACUGUCAAGUUUUAAUAAAUUUCUUAUCAGAACCACUUAUCAGAGGCCCAAACUUACUGAAUUUGACCCUAGAUCAUGUGGAAACAACUUGGAAAUGUUUAGUUAGAGUUUUUCAGUCCCUUUGGUCCAAGCCUAUAGAAUACCUGAAUAUUUACAAUUUGACAGUAGUUGAAAGAAUUGAUGAAGAAGAGUUCACUUACUCCAAAACAUCAUUGAAGGCACUGAAAAUAGAGCAUAUUACAAAUAGAGUUUUUCUUUUUUCACAGACUGCAUUGUACACAGUGUUUUCUGAGAUGAACAUUAUGAUGUUAACCAUAUCAGAGGCACCUUUAAUACACAUGCUUUGUCCUCAGGCACCAAGCAUGUUCAAGUUUUUGAACUUUACCCACAAUGUUUUUACAGAUAGUAUUUUUCAAAACUGUUCCACACUAGGUAGAUUAGAAACACUUAUCUUACAAAAGAAUGAAUUGAAAGAACUUUUUAAAGUAGGUCUAAUGACUAAGGAUAUGCAGUCUUUGGAAAUACUGGAUGUAAGCUGGAAUUCUCUGAACUAUGAUAGAUAUGAUGGAAUUUGUACGUGGGCUCAGAGUAUAGUGAUGUUAAAUUUAUCUUCAAAUAUACUUACUGAGUCUGUUUUCAGAUGUCUACCUCCCAGGGUUAAGGUCCUUGAUCUUCACAGUAACAGAAUAAGGAGCAUCCCAAGAGAUGUCAACAAUCUGGAAGCUUUGCAAGUACUCAAUGUUGCUUCCAAUUUUUUAACCAACCUUCCUGGAUGUGGUGCCUUUAGCAGCCUUUCUGCACUGAUCAUUGACUAUAACUCAAUUUCCAGUCCAUCAGUUGAUUUCUUCCAGAGCUGCCAGAACAUUAGGUCAGUAAAAGCAGGGAACAACCCAUUCCAGUGUACAUGUGAGCUCAGAGAGUUUGUCCAGAGAAUGGGCCAAGUGUCAAGGGAAGUGGUAGAGGACUGGCCUGGUUCUUACCAGUGUGACUAUCCAGAAAGCUUUAAGGGAACUGCACUAAAGGACUUCCACAUGUCUCAGCUGUCCUGCAACACCACUCUGUUGAUUGUCACCAUUGUGGUCAUUGUGCUGGUGUUGGGUAGUACCACGGUCAUGCUCUGUAUCUACUUUGAUGUGCUCUGGUAUCUGAGGAUGAUGUGCCAUUGGACCCAGACCCGGCAAAGGGCUAGGAACACUCCCUUAGCUGAACUCCAGAGAAACCUCCAGUUCCAUGCUUUCAUUUCAUAUAGUGAACAUGAUUCCGCCUGGGUGAAGAAUGAGCUGGUACCCUGCCUAGAAAAAGAAAAUAUACGAAUUUGUCUUCAUGAGAGAAACUUUGUCCCUGGGAAGAGCAUCAUAGAAAACAUUAUCAACUGCAUUGAGAAAAGUUACAAGUCCAUCUUUGUUCUGUCUCCCAACUUUGUACAGAGUGAGUGGUGCCAUUAUGAGCUCUACUUUGCCCACCACAAUCUCUUUCAUGAAGGGUCUGAUAACUUAAUCUUGAUCUUGCUGGAACCCAUUCCACAGAACAACAUUCCUAGUAAGUAUCACAAGCUGAAGGCUCUCAUGACACAACGAACUUAUUUGGAAUGGCCUAAGGAGAAGAGCAAACAUGGACUUUUCUGGGCUAACAUCACAGCUGCUUUUCAUAUGAAAUUAACACUAGUGAAUGAAAAUGAUGCAGAAACUUAGAAAGUCUGGAAAAAUGUCCAACUUAGAAACAUUAAUAUGGAGUGGGGUAGAUAGCAUAAGGGUUAAGCAAAGAGACUCUCGUGCCUGAGGCUCUAAUGUUCCAGGUUCAGUUCCCUGCACCAUCAUAAUGUAGAGCUAAACAGAACUCUGAUAGGAAGAAAGAAAGAAAGAAAAAAAGAAAGAAAGAAGAAAGAAAAAGAAAGAAAGGAAAGAAGGAAGGAAGGGAGAAGGAAAGAAAGAGAAGGAAUGGAAGGAAGGAAGAGUGAGCAAGACUGAUUAACUUGGAUUCUAGUGAACACUGUGAUUUAUUUUUGGUCACUGUGGUUUUUGAAUGCCAGCAUGUUCGGAAAAUAUGUAGUGAAAACUUCUUCCACGGACCCUGGAGUCACAUUGAGGUUUGAGGUGAUGCUCACAUUUCUGCCUGAAGGUAGUUCAUUCUUAUCUGUUUCAAUUGGAAUGGUAUCUUUUGAGUAAGUGAUCAUCAUUUCAGGACUUUAUCCCUCUUUUCCUGAAGAGCAAGAGUUUACAAGUCUUUGUGGCAGCACAAGAAAGGGCUACCCUGAGAACUGUGAGCAGUGGGCCUUAGAGUAUCUCAGUGACCUCUGGGUAAGCAGUGACAUCCUGUCCCACUUUGGGUCUCCAGAAAACAGUAAACCAAUUAUGGAAAAUAAAGGAGUUUUUUCCCCCCUUCA